AUGGUUAUGGGGGAAUACCAUACGGUAAGUGUCAAAAGCCUCGCUACCUCGGCUGGGUGUUACUUUUUGAUUGUAUGUUAUCCAUUCUCGAUUUGUGGCUUAAAGGAUUUCGUAGUCAUUUUAUAGCAAACAAAAACUUUGUUUCUCGAGUAAGAACGUUCAAUAAUAAUUCAUUGCAAAAGAAUUUAUUAAUGAAUCUAAAAAGAGCAUAAGCCACUGUCUAGAUUUCUAUGCGGCCUAGUGACUCUAAACAAGAAUUAGAAAAGUCGGUUUGAAAUGUAUCUUUAACACCCAAAUUAACUUAUAAACUCAGAACCUAAACCCAAAGGGGUUAUCUGAAAGGUAUCUGUGAUCUGAUCACGAACGUUGGUGGUUGGACAGUCUUUCAAAAACGGUUAGAUGGCUCCGUUGAUUUUUUUCGCAACUGGGAAUCAUACAAAAAUGGGUUUGGAGAUCUAAAUAAGGAGUUCUGUCUUGGAAACGACAAUCUUCACCGUUUAACAUUUUCCGAAGAUGUCAUGCUUAGAGUUGACAUGGAGGACUUCGACGGUAACAUAAAAUACGCUGAAUAUACAACAUUUCAGGUAGCUGACGAAGCAGACAAGUAUCGCAUUUUGAUUGGAGGAUACAGUGGUACGGCUGGUGACUCGUUGACAUAUGCCUCCGAGGUGAACAAAAUCGCAAGGUAGGUUGGAAUCCGAGGAAUCUUUGCUUAUGGGGUCCGGAACCCUGGAAAUAUUUGCUUUUGGGGUCCAGAAUCCAGGGCUUCGGAAAAUAUCACAAGCAAUCUGGAUCCCACUAGUGACUGUAAUCUGGAAUCCAAGUUCCACUGACAACGAAACCGGAAUUCAGUAGCCGGAAUCCGGAAUCCUCCGCUUGGAAUCCAGAAUCCAAGACUAUCUUGGAUUCCUUUACAAGGGGCCAGGCACGCGAAUAAGCCCAAGAGAGACAUUGCACCAUCCAAGUCUAUUGUGGAUAAAAAUACACCUAAUCUAAAUAUGUGAAUUAAUUUUCUCCACAGUAACAUGCAGUUUACAACCAAAGACGCAGACAAUGAUCUUAGUCCCAUUAGCUGCGCCCAAAGACAUUCCGGAGGAUGGUGGUUUAACAGGUGUAGUUCGGCAAAUCCCAAUGGAUUGUAUCAUAAUGGUCCUUAUAGCGGCCAAUAUUCCGAUGGAGCAAAAUGGGUCACGUUUAGAGGACAUUUCUAUUCACUGAAACGCAUUGAGAUGAAACUAAAACCUAAAACGUAAAAAUCUGAUUCCUUCAGAUGUCAAUGUGUUACGAUAACAUUUUGAAACGAUGUAUUCUUAUAUAGAUGUGAAAACCUUUUUAAAGAUUAAACUCUAACAAAUGUUUUGAACGGUUGGGGUCUCUUGGUUUAAUUUUAUACUAAAUGGUAAGGCGGUGGACCUUCGUAAAGUUUAUGGUUUGUUCUUGUGUUUGUUUUCCAAAGGAAACAACUAUAAACGCGAUCGAAUUUAUUCUAAGCGCAAACCAUUUCUUUAUUCGGCUAGUAAGUAACCUUUGCAACAAACCUUUCAAAUCCCAUCGAGUAGCUUGGUAGCCCACUUCUUUAGCAUCCUCGGAGACCCAGGGGCAGUUAGUCGGGUCGAUAAAAUGUCUGUGGUGAAAGUUUACUGUAAGAUCGAGACGAGCCCCUGGGCACUUACUCUGACCGAACCAGUUCCAGAAGCGUUUGAAUUGCCUGCUUCUGAUUGGCCAGAAAAAAUUUUUUCUGGCCAAUCAACGAAGAGAAGCUGCCGGGUGACUCUCGUGUUUUCUUACACGACGUAGUUUUCUCAUCAAUCGCCAUAGUCGCGUUAGAGCGUUCAACGGGGAAAGUUUCUCGAGGAAAGUUUCAGAACAAAAUGUUAACAACCCGCAAAAAUUGCAACCUUUAGCACGGCUACAAGAAACAAACACUCUCCGAUGAAUCUUUAGUGCGGAUUUUUCCAAGGUAUCGUAAAUUUUUAUUGCUGAUACGAUACGCGAUGCAUGACUUUCACUUUCCACACCUUAAUUUGCUCACAUCGUCUAGUAUACAACGCCAAGCUUACAUUUUAGACGUCCAUGUUCGUUGCACGACUUCUGAAACUUUCUACAGAGUGAAAAUUUCCGUUGCACGGGCCACGCAACUACGUCGAUUGAUCGUGGGAACUGCCGGCUAGCUGCAGUGCCUAAUCUUCUUGCUUUCGCUCCAAACUCCUUUCGAAACUUUUAAGCUUAAAAGCUUACAGCAGUUGACCGUACGAAUUCUGCCGAAGUUGAUAGUAGUGUUAACUUUAGAUUCGAAACAGUUUCAAUGGGAUUGAUAUCCCCCCUUCAGGACCCUCAUUAUACUUAACAGUAGAUCUGGCUUUUAUUCAAGGAUGCUCAGUAAUCUUAUGUCUAAAAGCUGACAGACACUUCACCAGAAUUAUCAUGUUUUUUAUCACCAUUUAUUGACAACUGAGAGCUGAUGAAGUAAGCCUUGUGACUGCUCAAGAUAAUAGUGCAAUUGAACAUUUACAUAUUAUAAAUGGAAAAACACCCCAUAAUACAGAACUACAGAUGCCAUUACAUGAAUUUUAUUUUUAAGCUGUUGAGAAUUUUUUUUUUUACUUUUUUAUUGGAGUUCACAUGUCUACUUAUAAUACUGCUGGAGUUAUGUAUAUACUAGGGAGCUAUAAUAUAUUAUUUUAUUUUAAUUUGUUAAUAAAUAUUUAUGCUGCGGUAUUUGUUGGUGAUUCUUUCUGUCCCAAAGGGGUUGUUUUACUAGGUGGCCAACAUACAUACAUACAUACUUUAUAGUUACCUCCCCAAAGGGGUUUUUCGGGAACAAUGAUUAUAUUACAUGAUUUAUAAUAACUAAUUACAACACUUAACCAAAUACUAAUUACAAUGUUAGCUAAUUACUAAUUACAAAUGUCUUAAACUUAACUAAGAAGUAUUUUCAAAAUUAUCUAAAAGCUGGCUCCUUAAGGAUUGUUUAAAAAUUUCAACAGAUGAGCUUACCUUAAGAAAAGAUUCCAAAUUGUUCCAAAGUUUAACAGUCCUGUAAUAAAAGGUUCUCUGUCUGGAGACAGUUCUGAAUAGAGGGAUGUUUAGCUCUUGGCUACUCAGAGUUACAAGUAUACCUGAGUAUAUUAUUUGAAAACUGUCUAGAAAAAUGGGGUGUGCAUUAUAUUCGGGUGCACAUUAUACACAAGUAAAUGUGGUAUACCUACACAUAACAUACAAAAACUGUUUUCCAACACUAUCUGGAAAAAAGGGAACUGUGCUGAAAUUGUCUCUUACUGUUUUCGAUAAUUCUAAAAGUCUUACUUCUUUUAGAUUUUAUUAAGUGUACAAUCUGCAGAAGAGAAAAAACUCCUUCCUUUUUUUAUGACAGUAAUGAAAACAGCAGAAUCAUUCCAAGCCACUUAUGUUGCGACAUCAGUGCCAAAGACUGUUAGUCUGCUUAAAGAAAAUCAAGAUGAUCUUUGACAGGAAUUUCAAGAAUCAAAUCUUCACUGCUUGUAUUCUAGAAUUUGUAUUCUCUGAUUGUCGUUUCCCUUCUCCGAAGAUAUUCAUUAAAAAACAAACUUGUUGAUCGAAUGACAAAACUAACAUCCGUUAAGUUGUGUUCUUGCUCAUGUCUUGCUGUGUUUUUAGGCAAAAGUUCGGUUUUUUCAUCUCAUUUCGAGACAUUUUCGGAAGACGAAAUUUGAGCGAUAAAAGAAGCAGUCGUACAAACAAAUACCAAGAGAGCAACGAGCUUUGGCUUGUCGGUGUUGACUGGUAGGUAGAAAAUUUUCAUGCUGAAUUAUAUUUGCAACAAAAUCGUAAAAAUGCACUUGAAAAAAUCCCCGAAAGGUUUGUAAGUUGUAAAAAAACUUCCUACCCCACGACCACCAGCAUAAUGAUGUAAACAUUGAUAUCAGUGCUGAAUUUUGAGGGCCGAAUCGCAGACGUUUCAUCGGCGAAACGUCCCCAGCGGAAUGGAAAGAGAAGAGACGGCUUUGCUCGCAGGCUAUUAAUUUAAUAUAACCCUAAAACUACUUGAAAACGGACACAACGUUGGGCCAACAAAGUUGGGAGUUGAUGCGUCCGUGUUGGUGUGCAAACGGAUGCAGUGACUCCCAACAAUGCUGGGACCUACAUGUGCAUGCGUAGCCUCAACAUGUUGGAGGAGCUGUGCAAACGGGAUCCAAAAUUGUUGCGCUACGAUUCGGCGAUCACUGAACAAAAUAAAUGUUGGGAGUUGUUGGCUCAACAUUUUGACUGGUUUCAAACUUUGCGCAACAACUCCCAACAUCACGCAACAACAUGCAACAGGAUGUGCAAACGGACGUAACAUGUAACAUCCAACAAUGUUGGGAGUUGUUGGCCAACAAUGUUGUGUCCGCUUGCACGGGGCUUUAGUUAUUUUCCUUGCCUUUAAAACAGAGUGUCUGCGAGUCUAGCAACUUGGACCUUUGCGGCAACAAAGGAAUCUGCAUCCCAGACUACUCCAAAGACAGCUUUACAUGUAAAUGUGACAAUGGCUACACAGGAACACGGUGCGGUAAGUUACAAACGUCCCAUCCCCUAGGUCUUUUCCACACUGGGGGUUUGAAGAGGUAAGAUUCUGAUUAUUUUGCAUUAAAUGGGAAUUGAAGUUGUUUAUUUAUCUGUUAGCAUCUGAUUCUUCCCAAGUAGUCAUUUACUCGUUCUUAUUUUAAUUCAGUCUAAAGCUAGGGAGAUAAACGUUUUCUCGUAGUCCAAAGAAUAUUUAGCAAUUAAUGAAUAAGGCUGAGGAAAAGUUUCAAGGCUUCGUGGUCUUAAAGCUUAACACUAUGCACUCUGCUAACUGGAGCAAGACUAAUAAAUAUAAAACAUUUUUCAAUUUACUGUCAUAUGGAGCACCAAAAAUUCCGUUUUAAGGUAUUUUUUACUACAUAAAGCACUUUCCAAUUGUCCGUUGACGGUUUCAAAAGUGUCCGUUAUCCGUCUUAGAGAGAUUUCCGUCCAAUAAAGUUGUCCGUUAACAGAGAGUUGACUGUAAACCGAGGGGGUGAUGAAAGAAAUCGAGACAGUACUAGAGGGCCUAAGGUGGCUCGGUUAUCACAAAUUUUGUGUCAUAACUUUUUCGGCUUUAACGCAAAGGCUGCGAAAGUUUGAAAAGUCCGAAUAUACAAUGAUUUUUGGAAAGGGGCGUAGAAACUGUUUGACGAUGUGUCAGCUUGGUGCGCAUAUAUCAUACAGUUUACGACUCUUAUUUCAUCUCAUUUGAAUUAAGAGUUAUAAAACAGUUUCCAAAUAAUGAAAUUUGUCAAAGGUUAUCUGGAAAAAAAGUUCACACCCAAACUCUUUUGACUCUUUUACAUUCCAGAAUUCAUCAUAGAAGACUGCUCUAAACUUGGUCAAAGUGGUUUGGCAUCUACUGGAAUCUACUACAUCAUCCCAGAUGGUGGCAGCGUAAUACAAGUACUGUGUGACAUGACUACAAACAGUGGAGGUUGGACUGUCUUUCAGAGACGUUUAAACGGUUCGGUUGACUUUUUUCAGGGUUGGGAAUCAUACAAAAAUGGGUUUGGAGAUCUAAACGGUGAGUUCUGGCUAGGAAACGACAAUCUUCAUCGUUUGACAGCCUCUAGUGACGUCAUGCUAAGAGUUGACAUGGAGGACUUUGACGGCAACAUAACACACGCUGAGUAUACAACAUUUCAGGUAGCUGACGAAGCAGAUAAAUACAGGAUUACCAUUGGAGGAUACAAUGGUACGGCUGGUGACUCGAUGGUAGAUAACGGAGGGCAGACCCAAAGGCAAGCAAAUAUUUAGCUGGUAAUUGACCACUCCAGAAAAUACCACAACAUACUAUCAUGAUCUUUGUUUGUCACCCCAAAAUUUUGCAUAAGCAUUGUUUUCAGUUUCUCUUGGGCCAUUUUAACUCCCAAUAGAAACUGAAGACAAUGCUUAUGCAAAAUUUUGGGGUGACAAACAAAGAUCAUGAUAGUAUGUUGUGGUAUUUUAUGGAGUGGUCAAUUAAUUUGCAGCAACAGAAAAAGAAAAGGUCGAUACCGUGCCUAUAAGCUCCCCCACUUUAUUAUGAGCCAUCUCCAGUUAUAAACCAAUCUAUAGACCCGUAAACCAAAAAAUACAUCCGAUUACAAGCCUCCGGAUAUAAUUGAAAGGCCUGUUUCAAACGUCGUGCUACUGCCGUGCUAAGCUGACUCUACUGUAGCUCGACUGCAGCACGACACUAGCACGACUUGGUUUCAGAGGUCGAAUUUAAUUCAGUCGAAUAGAACGGCUGUUGCCUAAAACAAAACACAAAAAUAAAGAAACGGGUUAGGAAACUUUUAAAUGUAUUCUAAUGUAUUUAUGAUUUAUGAAUUGAGUUCGACACGGCAGUAGCGCGACCUUUGAAACCAAGUGGAGCUACUGCCGUGUAGCACGGCAACGCUUGCCAUGCUACACGGCAGUAGCACGACUUGGUUUCAAGCGCCGCACUACUUCUGUGCUUAAGUCGAUUUUAAUUCGAUCAAUUUAGUUCGGCACGGCAGAAGCACGACGUUUGAAACCGGCCUAAGCGCCUUACAAAUCUAUUGAAUUCGAUUUAUUAUCAAUGACAUUUUAAAGCUUAAUUAAAAACCAGUAAAUGCCAAACGUAUUAAGACUGCUAUAUCUUGUUUCAAAGCGCUGUUUCUAUUUCGGUAAUAAAACACCUCGGAUAUAGCCACUCCGUUUAUAAGCCCUUCUAAAUUCCCUACGAAGAUGUUUAGGCCCAGGGAUAAGCGGCAGUUAAAGGACGUACUAUCAAAUCAGCAGUCCUUCAUAUACUUUCUUCAAAGCCCACCUUACACCGCUGUUACAAGUCUUUUUACCCUUACAAUAAGUGAUCGAAAACGCUGACCACCUCAUAGAUAGAUACCUUCUCUCUGAUAUUCAAACCAUUUUAUUAAUUUGUAGAGUCAAGUAGACUCGUAAUCGACCACAGCCACAUAAGUGGCAUCUGUAUCUUGACUGCAGGUGUAGCAGUGAGCUGUAAUGCACAAAGCCUUUACUUCGGAAGCAUGAUGCGUAUUACUCGAAUCACACCAUGUUGGGCUGGGGAGUUUUGCUUGCGGAAUCUGGAAUUAGUAGAAUUUCGCAUGUGGAAUAUGGAGUUCUGGGUUUUAGAAUCCGGAGUCCAGCUCAAGGAAUCCGGAAUCCCACAAACAAUUGGAAUCCGAAAUCCAAGUUCCAAUUAAAAAAAAAAGGUGAGGAAUCCAGUACUGGAAUCUGGAAAUCCACGGCGUGGAAUCCAGACUCCAAGACCGUCUUGCAUUCCCUUACAUGCAUGGGGCGACUCGUAAAUUUGAAAUCCACCUCGAAAUCCUUUCUUCAAAUCCUUACGGUAAAUAGAUAACCUCCUGACAAACAAAUCUCUUUGUUUGAUUUGUGCCAUUAUCAAACUGUGACUUUUUUCUGCAGUAACUUACAGUUUUCAACCAAAGAUGUCGACAGUGAUCUGCACCCUGACAAUUGUGCUGUUUUACUCAGUGGAGCAUGGUGGUACCAUUCCUGCAGUUGGGCCAAUCUAAAUGGUUUGUAUCGUCGAGGAUCUUACAACACCAGCUACUUGCCCCAUGGAGUAAAAUGGGUCACGUUUAGAGGACAGUAUUAUUCUUUGAAACGCACUGAGAUGAAAUUAAAGCCUAAACCAUAA